AUGAAUGAUGAUAAUGAUGAAGCCAAUACCCUAACCCCAGAUCAUCUUAAAAUCCAAAUCAACGAUUAUGACACUUAUCAAACUUUCCCUUCCAGGCUAGAUCACUUGUACAAUAAAGUAACCCAAGUCCCCAUCAUUAGAAUCUAUGGAUCUGUAAAUAUACCAUUUGCCACCAAAAAUACUGACACUGUAUCUAAUCGUCAUGAUUGUUUUAAUGUAUUGAUACACAUCCAUAAUUACUAUCCAUAUAUAUACGUUGAUUGUUUUGAAACUAACUAUGAUCUCUUGAAAGAUCCAAAUUACUUGAAUCAAAUCAUCGAUCAUUUAGAAACGAAUCUAUCCCAAUCAUUUAAGAGGAGAAAGAAGAAUAAGGAUGACGAUGAUGAUGAUGAUGACGAAGAGGAUGCAGUUGAAGACAUUGAUGAAAAUACUCUAUUUCAAGAUAAAAGAAGACGAUUUAUUGCUCACCUACUGGUAGUCAAAGCUACUCCUAUUUACGGUUUUCAAUUGGGUUAUAAACUAGUAUUUAAAAUUAGUUUAUUAUCUCCAAAGUAUAAAACUCGUUUGAAUAAAUUAAUCUAUGAAAAGUCAAUAGAUUUCAAUAAGUUUUAUUCUUCCACUAAUGCCAAGAGAUCAAAAACAUCAAAUAAAGUACACUUAAUAUAUGAAGGUCAUAUACCGUAUUUAUUACAAUUUCUUACUGAUUUCAAUUUAUUCGGUUGUGGUUGGUUAUAUGCUAACAAUUCUUUUGGUUUAUACUUUCGAAAUCCAAUAUUUUCAUCAUCUUCAUCUUUUAAGAACGUUUAUCCUCCUUUGUCGAUUGAUCGUUUAAAAGAAUAUCUCAGACAUUUUAUUACUUCUAGAAACUUAUUAAUCACUCCAGAACGAAUUGGGAAAUCAAUAUUGGAAAUUGAUAUUUCUCAAUUAAGUAUCAUUCGGAAUAGAACUGAAGUUCAAAGUAGUUCUAGCAAGAAUAUAAGCAAUCGGUUACACGCUAAUUUUAAUGAAUUGUUACUAUUUAAUAAUAAUUUGAAUAAUUUACAUUCAUUCAAGGCAAACACCUAUAAAUAUGAUGAAACAGGAAAUAAACGUAUUUAUUUAUCUUCUUUGAAACAUAUCUAUGAAGAUCUUAAGUAUCAAUACCUUUCUCGAAACGAUAUAACAGCAUCAGCUGCAUCCAUCUUCAACGAUUCACUUUCAUCAGAAUCGAUUUCGGCUUCUAAUUCCAAUUAUGAUUCCAAUACGAUUGCUAAUGCUUAUUUUGGGAUGGGUGCAACUGAGUGGUCAAAUCAAUUGGAAUUGAAUGAUUUGUUGGCCUAUGUGAAGAAAUUGAAUAAUAGUAUUGAUUCCAAUCUUUCUGUUAUUAAUUACGGUAAGACCCAUUUUGAGAUUAAUAAUAUUAAAUUAAGGAAUUUCAAAACUGCCUAUGAACAAAUUGACUUUGAAAUUAAUGGACUGAUAGGUAGCAAUAACCUUACUUUACAAUUUGAGAAGGACAUAUUGCAAUGGAACGAUUUUCUAAAGUUAUUUGAAAUUGAAGAUAGUCUGAUUAGUUCUUUCACAGUUGCUAGUGAUGUGAAAGAUUCUAACGAUGAUAAUCGUUUGAUGGUAUCAACCGAUUUGGAUAUGAUAUUAGAUCCCGAUAAUAACUAUUAUGAAAUUCAAUUGCCUUUAGGACUAAGUAAAUCUAACAUUGAUAAAGAAUUUGAUGAUCUAGGAAUUUUAAAAAUCAAUUACCAAGAUCCAUAUUAUGAUAAAGAGUCAGAUAUGCCUAAUAGACCAUUGAUAUUUGCGAAUAAGAAAAUUGUCAUUCCUCUCGUCAAUGAUAGCACCAUUCCUGCAUUGCCGAUGUCUUCGAUGAUUUUAGGUUCCAUUGAAAGACAAGAAGAAAGUAAAAGUAUAGAGCCUGACAGCAUCAAUGAUACAAGCCGAUGGGAAUGUAUUAUUCAGCCACCAUCAAAAGAAUCCAUGAAUGCUUGGAUAGUUGAACAAAAGAUGAAGUCGGUCAAGAAAUCUCGAAAGAUUCUUAAAUCACAAUUUGAAUUAAAAUCGGAAGAUAAUGAUUUCAAAUUCUCUUAUAAUAGUGAAAAGAUAAAAAGAAACAAUGAUGAUGGGUUCAAUAGUUUGACUAAUUUCUGCUUAGAGAUCCAUGUUAAUACUAUUGAUGAAAAAUUGCCUAAUCCUUUGAAUGAUAAAGUUACGUUUGUGAUCUAUAUGUUUGAUGAUAGUAAUGGUAUGUUUGAAGGACAUGCUUUUAAAUCGGGAAUUUUAUUGCUAUCGGAUGAUCUGGAGUCUGAAUCUCGGGUAUAUGACAAACUUUCAAAGUUACUUAAUACUCAUUCGCAUAUUGAAGUGUUCAACCAAGAAGUGGAUCUAGUUAAUCGUUUAGUUCAAAUCAUUGAAAUAUUUGAUCCCGAUAUUUUAUCAGGUUAUGAAAUCAAUGCAUUGUCCUGGGGGUAUUUAAUAGAAAGGUUUAGAGUUGUUCAUGAUAUAAAUCUAUUGGCAAGUUUUAGUAGGGGUGAUUAUAAAAGUAAUGGAAAAUUAGGUGAUCGAUGGGGAUAUACUCAUACGUCCAAUAUCAAAAUCAAUGGUCGACAUAUGGUUAAUGUAUGGAGACUUAUGAGAAGUGAGUUGAGUCUAACCAAUUAUUCGCUUGAGAAUAUAUCUUAUCAUUUAUUGCAUCAGUCAUUACCAAGAUAUCUGAAUUUACAGUUGUCCACUUGGUUAAAUGAUACGACGCUGAAUAAACUAGCUGUUUUGAAAUAUUAUAGUAAAAGACUCUCGUUGAUAAUUAAACUUAUUGAAGUUCAAGAAUUGAUUACUAAAAAUGUCGAAUAUUCAAGGUUAAUUGGGAUUGAUUUUAAUUCUAAUUUCUAUAGAGGAUCACAAUUUAAAAUUGAAUCGAUUCUAUUAAGAAUCACUAAGUUUGAAAAUAUAAUCUUGAAUUCUCCAUCAAAACAACAAGUUCAUGAAAUGAGACCUAUUGAAUGCAUACCUUUAAUAAUGGAACCAGAUUCGAAUUUUUAUAAAUCUCCAUUAGUUGUACUUGAUUUCCAAUCUUUAUAUCCUUCUAUUAUGAUUGCUUAUAAUUAUUGUUUUUCAACUUUAUUAGGCAAAUUACAUAAUUUCAAACUGAAUAAGAAUAACAUUGGAUACUUGAAGAAUUUAAAUUUAAAUCCUGGAUUAGUUGAUUUUCUCAUCAAGCAAGAUGGGAUUAAUAUUUCCCCCAAUGGAUUUAUGUUUGUCAAGAGUAAUAUUCGGAAAUCAAUCUUAGCAAAAAUGUUGGAGGAGAUUUUAGAUACCAGAAUAUUAGUUAAGUUAAUUAUGAAAGAAUUUAAAGAUGAUUCUGAAUUGGUUAAGUUAUAUAACUCAAGACAAUUGGCUUUGAAAUUGAUUGCCAAUGUUACCUAUGGUUAUACAUCUGCAACCUUCAGUGGUAGAAUGCCUAAUUCUGAUGUAUCAGAUGCGAUUGUUUCUACAGGUCGAGAAAUCUUAACUAAAUCAAUUGAAUUAAUUGAGAAUAAUGAUUUUGGUGGAAAAGUUGUUUAUGGUGAUACUGAUUCUUUAUUUGUAUAUUUUCCAGGUAAAUCUAAAGCAGAAGCAUUCAAACUAGGCCGAGAAAUUGCUGAGUUUAUCACUAAUCAAUUCCCUAAUCCUAUUAAAUUGAAGUUCGAGAAGGUUUAUCAUCCAUGUGUAUUAUUGACAAAGAAGAGGUAUGUUGGUUAUAUGUACGAAUACGAGGAUCAAGUCGUUCCUAAAUUUGAUGCCAAAGGGAUUGAAACUAUUAGACGUGAUGGUAUACCUGCUCAACUGAAAAUAGUUGAAAAAUCGUUACGGAUUUUAUUUGAGACUAAAAACUUAUCAAGAGUUAAGCAAUAUGUCACCAAACAAUUUUAUAAGAUACUGAUGAAUAAAAUAUCGAUUAAUGAUUUCUGUUUUGCUAAAGAAGUAAGAUAUGGUACUUAUAAGAAUGAGAUGUAUUUACCACCUGGAGCUAUAGUGGCUGCAAAAAAAGUUGAACAAGAUGCGAGACAAGAACCUCAAUAUCGUGAGCGGGUACCAUAUGUGGUGAUUCAAGAUUCCACCAAACCAAGAAUUAAAGAUCGAUGUAUGCUGCCACAAGAGUUUAUUGAAUCCUAUUCUAAUUUAAAUCCAUAUGUUCUUGAUUAUGAAUAUUACAUUACUCGAGUUUUAAUUCCACCAUUAGAACGAAUAUUUAAUUUGAUUGGAGUUGAUAUUAAGAGUUGGUAUCGAGAAUUACCUAAAUUAAAAUUUAAUAAUUUAGGAAGUACGAAUAAUUUAUUUAAAAUGACAAAUUUCAUUAAUGUUAAUAAUUGUUUAAAUUGUGGGAAAGAAUUGAAUAGUAAUAAUCAAUCUAAUUCGAAAUAUUUUUGUAUCCCAUGUCGACAACAUGAAUUAACCUUAAUUACGAAUCUUACUAUGGAAUUAAAGUUUAAUGAGAUAAGUUUAUUUAAUUUGAAUAAACUUUGUCAACUUUGUGUUAAGAAUAAUUUCAUUAAUAAUGGACUGGCAUUAGGAAUUGAUAAACUUAAUCAAUUAUCAAAUCAAUGUUGUAAUAGUAGUUGUAAAGUAUAUUAUGAUAAGUUUAAAGUUAAGAAUAUUAAUUUACAAUUAUCCAAGAGAAAUGAGAAUAUUAUGGAAGAAUUUAAUAAUUGGUAA